AAAUAAUAAUGUGAUUAAUCGUUAGUCAAAAGUGACUCAAGUGCUGAGUAAAGGUGGUAGAGUAGAUUUUGGUUUUCCUGGUUACUUCCCCAGUCGUUGCUCAAGCCCUUGACAGCUUUUGACACGUUUUUUAUUUGAUUACGUAAUUUAUGUUGAUUACGUUCAGUUUAAAAAUAUUAAUUAUUUUAACACUUCGUAUAAUUCGUAACGUGACAUUCAAGACAUUCGAAGCUGCAACUUGCGUCUCGCAAGCGUCUCCACAUUUGGCCUCCAGGGGGAGCUCGAGUGUGGGCAGAAUGCGCGCAUGCCUCCCAACUGAAGGAUUCGGUGGAACUUUGCCCCAUUGAAAGCUUUGCUUUGUGCGGGAAGCCAAGACAAGUGCAGCCAGCCGCCAACCAGCCCGACUUGCUUGCCUUGUGUUGCAGCACGACCCCCCUCCCCUCCCCGCAGCCCACCACUACGGACGCCAUCACCCAGCCUAAUUUACGAGCACCGCAUUGACGCUUCUCCUUCUCUCCUUCCGGUUCGGAGCGACCGCGAUGCUCAGUAGCCGCCGGGGCGAGGAGGAGCGCCGACCCGGACCCUUGUUGUGAGGUCCGCGCCGCGGCUGCGGGGGCUGCGCCAUGCCGGCCAGGAGGAACCGCUACAACCUGGUGAACGACGUGACCGACGCCAGGCUGCCUCUGCACAACGAGGAAGCUUACCAGCAUGGCAUCUCCUUCCAAGCCAAGUAUGUGGGGAGCCUGGACGUGUCGCGGCCCAACAGUCGCAUGGAGAUUGUGGCGGCCAUGAGGAGGAUCCGGUACGAAUUCAAGGCCAAGAACAUCAAGAAGAAGAAAGUCAACCUGGUGGUGUCGGUGGACGGCGUCAAGGUGCUGCUGCGCAAGAAACAGAAGAGGAAAGAGUGGACGUGGCAUGAGAGCAAGAUGCUCAUCAUGCACGACCCUAUUUACAGGAUUUUCUACGUAUCGCAUGACUCCCAAGACCUGAAGAUCUUCAGCUAUAUCGCCAGAGACGGCUCCAGCAAUUCGUUCCGCUGCAAUGUCUUCAAAUCCAAAAAGAAGGCGCAGGCCAUUCGCAUCGUGCGGACGGUGGGUCAGGCCUUUGAGGUGUGCCACAAGCUGAGUCUGCAGCACGCCGAGCAGGACGCCGAUGGGCAGAGCGACAAGUCGGCCGACGAGUCUGCAGGUCGGAGGACUUUGACGGGCGCCGAGCAAAAGGAGGAGGAUGGUCAAGGAGCACGAGGCGACGAGGAGGAGGACAAGGACGCUACAACCGGCACGUCAUUAUGUGAAAAGACAGUCGGGGAUAUUCUGCAUAGUCUGGCUGAGCUUAGCGUCGUCAAACCGGGCCACACCAUCAUGGACUUUUCCGGAAAGUCCUUGUUCACAGUGACAUCCCAGGGCGUGUCUCCGAGCACCCCGGGCUCGACGGCAAGCUCUCUUGCAACGUGCCACUAUUUGCAGCUCCUUCAGCGACAGUUGCAGCAACAGCAGCAGCACACGCAGGUGGCUGUCGCUCAGGUGCAGCUGCUGAAGGAUCAGAUGGCGGCCGAGAGCGCGGCCCGCAUGGAGGCGCAGGCGCGCUCGCACCAGCUGCUCCUGCAAAACCGUGACCUGUUGCAACACCUGGCCCUGCUGGUGCAGCAGCUCCGGCAGCUGGAGGCCGGAUCUGCCGGCGGCCAAGAGGCGGAGCUUCAGCUGCGGGAGACGCCGCUCAACGGAUGCGCACUUUCCACUUCGACGAGGCCGCUCUCUCUCGAUCUGAAGAAGUGCUGCGGCGACGCCCUGGAGCAGAUCAUCACCUCCACGCCCAGACAGGAGCCGCGCGCCUCCUCGGACGCGGGCGGCUUCGAUUCCUUCCUACCAGGCCUGGGAGACGGCUGCCUUCCCUUCGUCCAGGCGGCCGAUGUUGUGGAAGGCGACGCGUCAAAGGAGCUUGUCCCCGUCACAAGCAGGAGAGCGUCCACCGUGGAGGAAAAGUAUCAAGCGCCCGUCCCAAAGCUGGAGCCCCCUCCUCCGUCCCUGAACCGGAAACGAGCCAGCCGGACAUUGUCCCCGGGCUCAACCCAGGACCCCGGCCCGGACCAUCCGGGCCCAAGCCCGCCCGGCCGCAACAGCCUCCUUUUCUCCUUCCCGGAUGUGACGCCCGGCUCGUUGUCGUCGGCCGAUUUCCACUCGCUCAGCAGCUCUUGCUCGGCCAGCGACGACUCUGGCGUGCGCUCCGAGACCAAGUCGCUGCUCUCGCCUUUGCAGGACGACGGCGCCCUUGCGGACCGCGGGACUUUUGGGACUGCGGUCUGCAAUGGGCGUGACGAGAAUCUGGAUUUAUCUCAAGGCCAGUCCCCCGCCUCGUCCCCCGUGAACGAUACCUGCCUUCACAUCAGCUUCUCCGAUGACGAGCUUCUGGAAAAUUGCCAGGAUGAGCACUCCAUCCCGCAACGGAGUUAAGGGAACACGCUUCACGCUUUUCUGAGUUAUUCCAGCAUUUGUUCCACGACACAGACAGUCGUCUGUUGUUCACAUCAUUCGUCCAUGAACAAAUUUAGUAUUUUUAUAAGGAAAAUCAACACUAUUGAAGGUACUUUUUCGGGAUUAGAAGAAGCCCAUGUAGCAGUUCUUUGCACUACAUUCACCCAUUCGGAAAUUGACAAGGGUUGACUAUAUGCCUGAACAAACCAGAAUUUUUUUUUUUCUUGUUUUUGUUUUUUAAGAUAGUGUUAACGUUCUCGUUGAUUGUUCAUCCCAAGAGCAGCAAUCUUGGGAGGCUGCCAAGCACCUGGUUGGAUGAGCGAUAGAAGGACUAAGGAAGUCAGACGAAGGAAAAUCAACACCAAACAUAUGCUCGAAGUCAGCAGAUUUAGUUCUGCUUCCACAAUUUACAGUUGUAAAACUGUAAACGCACACCAAAAAAAAAAAAAAUAAAAGUCCUUUCUCUAUUUAAGAAAAUUCAGAAUUGGUACAUGAAAAAGUCCACAUUUCCAAGCAAAAAGUCAGAAUGUUACAAGAAAAACAUUUUUGAAAAAAAGUAUUUGUACAGAGGCCAAAAGUCCGAAUGUUACAAGAAGAAAUUUGUAAUGUCAGAGUGAAGUUUAAAUUUCAAGGAUAUGUGUAACGUGAAGAGUCAAGUCAGAAUGUGAAAAGAAUGACUUUUUCAAACCUGCAACUUUUUUCCUGAAGCUCUAAAAUUCCCAUACAAAUCCUGAAACUUUGUGACUUUAUCGAUAGAAAUGCUUGACCCUUUUUUCCCUAAAGUUUGAUAUUUUUCUGAAAGCAAAAAAAAAGCAUCUGUAAGAUGACCUUUUGUUCCGCUGAAAAAUUAGAUAUUGUGACUUUAUCUUGGAAUGUUAAGACUGAUGUGAAGGGGAGAGCAGUGAUGGAGUAGUUGCAGGUGUAAAAUGUCAGGCAAGGCGAAAAUAAAGCAAUAAUAAUAAUAAUGAAU